AUGGAGAUAAAGAAAAAAGAACCUAGAAAAAAGAAGGAAAAACCUUGGCCUCCUAUAGAUCUUCAAACGGAUUUACAUCCUCCUCGAUAUGGUCAUCCCCCAUAUGACUUUGGAACUGGUAUCAUACCUUCCAAACCUAUCUCUUUAGGUGCUCAUGUUAGUAUAGCCGGAGGACCCGCAGGAGCUUUGUUAAGAGCUGGAUUGGCGGGUGCGAAUGGUUUGGGAAUGUUCGUAAAGAGUCAACGACAAUGGAAAAGUAAUCCGUAUGAGGAAGAGACGGUAAAGAGGUUUAAAGAGCUGUUGAGGACUAAUGAGGAGGGAGGAUAUGGACAUCAGGACGUUCUCGUUCAUGGGAGUUACCUCAUCAACUUAGGUAAUCCAGACCCAGAAAAAUGGAAAACGUCAUAUGAAUGUUUCAAGGAUGAUAUAUCCCGAUGUCAUCAGCUCGGUCUGAGGUUGUACAACUGGCAUCCCGGCUCAACUGUGGGAGCUUGUAGUAAAGAAGAAAGUUUUGGAUUAAUUGCCAAAGCUAUCAAUCUGGUACAUGAGGAAGUACCAGAGGUAAUCACUGUGAUUGAGAAUAUGGCGAACGCAGGUAGCAAUAUCAUCGGAACAUCAUUCUCCGACCUCUCAUCUAUCAUAUCACUCGUAGAAGAUAAAUCUCGAGUUCGAGUAUGUCUUGACACGUGUCAUCUAUUCGCAGCGGGCUAUGAUCUCCGCACUCCCGAGGCUUAUGCGGAAACUAUGACGAAAUUUGGUGAUGAGAUAGGAUGGGAGUACAUAGGAGGGAUGCAUUUGAACGAUAGUAAAGCUGAUUUAGGAGGGAAUAAAGAUCUUCAUGAGAAUAUUGGAUUAGGAAAAAUCGGUCUAUCGGCAUUCCGGCAAAUCAUGCGGGAUCAAAGGCUUCAAAAUAUCCCAAUGGUGCUUGAAACACCCGCACCUGAAAAAGCUCUCGAAGCUGGUAAUCUAGCAAUAUGGACGAAAGAAAUACAAUUGUUAUAUGAGAUUCAAGGUAUAUCAGAUGAUGAAUGGGUCAACAAAGAAGAGGAGAUUAUGGUAAGGUGGAGGAAAGAGAGGGAUGAGAUAAAUCCUCCAAAAGAGAAGCCGCCAAAAGGAGCCAAGGCACCUAAGGGAAAGAAGGGUAAGAAGGAUAAGGAAGAGAGUGAAGAGGAGGACUAG